ACCCUCUGUUGAAGUAUGAAUUGGCCGAUUUCCCAUCUAUACUUCAAACGAACGAUCAGUUUCGUUUCACCCAAAAAAAAAAGUUCCCACCUUUCUCUCCCUCCGUAUCGCUCAUUUUGGCCGCUAUACUCUGCCGGCGAAUCAACUCUCCGGGCUUCGUCUCGUGAUAUGCCUCGGUGCGAUAUGAUCAGCGCGUUACCGGAACCUUUGAUUACUAAAAUACUCUCAUACCUUCCCACUAAACACUCGGUGACGACUAGCGUCUUAUCAACGAGAUGGAAGAGUCUGUGGCUAAGUGUUCCAUCUCUCGACAUAAACUGCGACGACUUCCCUUACGGAGAAGAAGAAGUGGUCCUCACAUUCCUCGACAGAUUCCUCGAGUUUAACCCUGAUUUACGCCUUCUUAAAGUCAAGGUGAAGUGCGGUAACGUGGAGAUAGAAGGGCUCAAGGAACGGAUCAGCACAGUGAUACAACGUGGACCUCAGCAUCUAGACGUUGAGGGGUGUAUUUACUAUAUAGACCCCGACGCCCAACUCUAUCCUUCUGUCGAGUACAUGCCUCUGGAUCUGUACACGAGCAAGACAUUGGUUUCAUUAAAGCUCUUGUCUUCGGGGGUUGAGGAUCCAGGUUUUGUUUGUAUGCCUUGUCUUAAAUCCAUGACUCUUGUAAAAUCUCGCUUUCGAGAUGACGUUAGUCUGGAGAAACUCGUGUCGGGAUGUCCUGUUCUUGAAGAGCUGACCUUGGUUAGGGCUAGGGAUUCUAGUUUCGAGGAUGAGGUUGAUAGUUUCAUGCGUGUGAGGUCUGGGAGCUUGAAGAGGUUCCGUGUUCCCCGGCACGGGUAUUGGGGCAAUACGAGAGGGAAAUGCACGCUUGAGAUUGAUGCUCCGGUGCUAGAGCAUAUGACUCUCGGAGAAGGUCAUUAUGAUAGCGUCGUGCUAAAGAACCUGACUUCUUUGUUCAGUGUUGACCUUGAUAUCAAGUUUGGUGGUGUCAAGUUACGCGAGUUCUUUGUUCCAGAGGACUCAUCAGAGAGAAAGAACUUUGGCCAUCUCUUUCUCUCUGGGAUAUCGAGUGUAAGACACAUGAUCAUCUCCGAGAAAACAGUGGAGGCCCUUCAUCUUUACUCGGACGUAGGUCUGAUUCCCAAAUUCAAUAACCUAUCACGUUUAGAAGCCGUGUUCCCCAGCAAAUUAUUACAGUUUUUGCCAGUCUUUCUUGAGUGUUGCCCCAAUCUGAAACACCUAAUCUUGGAGGUUGUUUAUUCAACGUUUAUUGGGGAUGCGUUCGAACUUGCAAACGUCCCUCAGUGCUUCUUAUCAACUCUCGAGUGUGUUGAGCUAAAAAGAAUUCAUGACUGGGAGGAAGAGGAGAUGAAAGUAGCCACUUACUUUCUUGAAAACGCUGCAGUCCUGAAGAAACUAACUCUGAGUCUCACCAACUAUCCUCGUUAUGUCUCUGAUGAAGAAAUCUUCGAGGAGGUUAAUAAAGUUACAAAACGUUCUCCAACAUGUCAAAUCUUCGUGAUUGGGAUUUAUGCUGAUGAGUGAGAGAGAGAGCAUUAUCAUGAGCGUGUUCUUGUCAUGAAUAUUCGAAGUUAAAGUUUCUUUGUAGACAUUUCUUAGUUCUGGUUGGAUUCCUUAAACCAUGGUGGUUGAUACAAGUUCUUCAUGUGAAUGAUUUAGAAAUUAUAGACAUGGAAUUUUCGGUGGUUUUUUUCUGUGUAUUUUAUCUAUUUAAAGGAAGAAGCCAAGAGACUAUGGCAACUAUGAUGAGAAUGUUGCUUGCUCGGUUUA